ACUUUUUAAACCCACCCUUACCAUCUCUUAACACAAAAUCCCCAAAGCUCCACAGUAGCCGCCGGCUUGACUAGAAGCUGCGAAAAUGAAGUACAACCCUAGAGUCUCAUCCUCCCGACGCAAGAGCCGCAAGGCUCACUUCACGGCCCCAUCCAGCGUCCGCCGUGUGAUCAUGAGCUCGACAUUGUCGGCCGAUAUGCGAUCCAAGUACAACGUCAGAUCGUUGCCGGUGAGGAAGGACGACGAAGUCACCGUGAUGCGUGGGACCUACAAGGGCCGAGAGGGUAAGGUUGUUCAGGUUUAUCGCAAGAAGUGGGUGAUCCAUAUUGAACGGAUAACCCGUGAAAAGGUCAACGGAUCCACCGUCAACGUCGGCAUCCACCCCUCCAAUGUUGUGAUAACAAAGCUCCACCUCGACAAGGACCGCAAGUCACUCAUCGAACGCAAGGCUAAGGGCCGCGCCGCCGCUGAUAAGGAGAAGGUUACCAAGUUCAGCACUGCGGAUAUCAUGCAAACAGUUGAUUAAUUUGUGAGGUUUUCAUAUAUGCUAUAACUCUAUUGAUUUUCUUGAUUUCUUAAGCCAAGGCUGUUUCUUCACAGAUCUCUAGUUUAAUUUUUAGACUUGAAUGUUUUCCUACCUCAAAGUUUUGUUUCAAGGCAAAUUUGUUGCCUAAUUUAAGCAUCUGGGAUUUAUUUACAGUUUGGCAUUGGUCCUGAGAGUAAUUUUUCAUUUAUUGCAUUUCAUGUCACGCACAAUGCUCAAAGUGGUAAUAUGGUUAUGCAUUUAUUGAAUUUAGGUAUAUUUAAUUAUUGUUAUUCCAAUUUGAGAAUAAUAUAUUUGAGUACUUUCUAACAA